GCUCUGAGUGCAGAUAUGACAGAUUCGAGCUUGCGUAUCAGUGGGGGAGCCGUCAGAUUUGGAGCCACCUAUGGAGGCAACCGUCUGUUCUCUUCCGGAGCUAGGGGCGGUGGAGGUGUUAGCGUAGCUCUGUCCCGUUCGCUCGGCUUGGCGAGGGGGGGUGGAGCAGGAGCCGGUUUUGGCCUGGGAGGAGGUCUGGGUGUAGGUUUUGGAGCUGGAGCUGGUGCAGGAGCAGGACUGGGCGCUCUCGCUCUUGGGGGCGGCCUCGGCUUGGGUGCCGGCGGAGCCAGAGCAGCCGGAAUCAGGGCUGGUGUGGCUCCUCUGAGAGCCCGUCUGGGAGGCAGAGUCUUCAAAAUCGGAGGUUAUGGUUUCAACCCAUCCUUCAUUAGCUCUUCCACUACGGUGGACGCAGGUGCCGGUCCAAUGCCCAGCAUCGAUCCAACACUCCCAUCGCCGGACACAGUGCAGGUCACACGCCUGAAAGAGAAGGAGGAGCUGCAGGCCCUCAAUGAUAAAUUUGCAUCUUUCAUUGAUAAGGCCCGGUCUCUGGAGCAGCAAAACGCAGUACUAAAAGCUAAGAUUUCUAUGUUUACUAACCCAGAGCAGGGCGGACAUGCCAGCACUUCCAUCCUUCUGACCUCUGCCAUCGGAACGUAUAAAUCCCAGAUUGACAGCCUCACCGCUACUAAAGAGGCCAUCAUUGCUGAGAUUGAGCACUAUAAAGGCAUUAUUGAGGACGUUCAAGCCAGGUAUGAUGAGGAAACCACUCAAACCAAAACUCUGGAGCUCGACUGGACUGCACUGAAAGAGGAAGUGGACAACCUCUACCUUUCCAUCUUUGAGUUGCAAACCAGCAUCAGUGGUUUGGAGGAUCAUAUUGCUCUGUCCAAGCAGGUGUAUGACGCUAAAGUGAAAGAGGUGCGAAACAUUGUGACUGGUGGUGUGAAGUCAGCAGUGUCUAUCUCAGUGGAUAACGCAGCCCAGGCACAGGAUCUGACCUCAGCGCUGACUGAAGUCAAAGCUCACUAUGAAGCCCUGGCUCAACGCAGCAAGCAGGACGCCCUCCUCUCAGUGCAGGACAGUAUCUCCAUGAUGUCUGUAUCCUCUCAGCCAAGUUCUCAGACACUCACCACAGCCAAAGAGGAGCUGCGAGUUUACAAACUACAGAUUGACUCUGUGCAGAGGGAGAUUGAAAGGCUCAAAUCUCUGAACUUGCAGCUGGAGUCUCAGGUGGAGGAAGCAGAGUGUCACUCCAGCUCCCACACGGAGACAUACCAGGAUCAAGUUCUUACUCUCAAAUCUCAACUUGAUGACCUCAGAAAGCAAAUCACUCAUUACGGUCAAGAAUAUCAGGAGCUUCUUGCAAGCAAGAUGUCACUGGAUGUUGAAAUCACAGCCUAUAAGAAACUCCUGGACAGUGAAGAGAACAGGUUGAAAUCUGGAGGUGGUGUCACCGUGCACAUGUCUAAGACUGUCGUCGGAGGAGGAGCAGCGGCUGGAGGAGGAGGUCUAGGUCUGGGUGCAGGAGGUGCAGGCCUGGGUGGAGGUGCCGGUCUAGGUCUCGGAGGUGGAUUUGGGCUGGGCGGAGGGCUAGGAGGCGGUCUUGGGGGUCUAGGCCUGGGACUCGGUGGAGGACUGGGCUUUGGAGCAGGUGCAGGAAGUUCCUUCGGUGCAGGGAGCAGUUACAUGUCCUCCAGCCUGAGCAGCAGCGCCUUGUCAUCCACUGUUUACUGAAGAUUCACAGCCUCCACUCAUCAAGCCACAACCGAAUGCUGAGCUUCCACAUGUAGGGCAGUGCGAGGAAGCCUACCAUCACACUUCAUGAAGAACGCCUUACAUUUCAUGAAGAACGCCUUCCAAAAGUUCACACAUUUUGACCGCACCAUGUUUAACAUAACGAUGAAAGAUUAAUUCCCCAUCUAUAUGUUAAUUUUGGUUUCAAAUUCUGAAUUCAUUUAAAGACCAGAUCAAAAUGUCUAUAUUGUUUUUGCAAGAUUUUAUUUUCAUGCAUCACUUCUUGCUACAAUAAUAAAAAAAAUUAAAAAACC